CGUGACAAAAGGUGGCAGAGGGUGACGCCGCCGAGAUCGGAGUGAGUGUUUGCCCGGGCGAGCCGGGUGUCGGGUGUGCUGUGUACGAUUAUCGCGAUAUUCGUCCGUUCUGGCGUCUACCGGAAGAUUGCCACCGGCGGCUGGCAGCAGCAGAAAAAGAGGAGGGUUGAGACGCAAGAACGGGCUCUCGACUUCUUCGUCCUCGCGAGUCGGUGACGGGGAUCGGCAGUCCGAUCGCAGAGUCUCAAUCUCCCGAAGGAUCUUAAAGGGAAACAGUCGUGGAGCAGCGGCCCGGCAACGUCAGGAUGAGCCUGGAAACGCUGCUGGAAGCGGCACGGUUCGUCGAGCAGCAGGAGAAGAAGAGGGAACGCCUGGCCAGCAGCUCGUCCUCCUCCUCCGAUCAUCCGCUCGUCGUUGCCCCCCACUCCAACCAUCACAACUCGAACGAGCCACGUGGCGCAAAGUUGAAGAGGGAACGAACGGAGCAGGAUGACUUGUUCUGCGAGGAGAAAAUGCUCAUUAUUGACGAGGAGGAGCCGCUGGAAAAUAAUAGAACGAACGGAAACCACUCGGCAAGUUCCAGGGGAAGUCCUGUGAUCUCGAGCACGCGGGUAACGCCGCUUCACACCACGUCGCACCAUCAUCUCCCUCAUCAGCAGCAGCAACAGCCACCGCAACAGCAGCCGUGCGUAAUCCGAUCGGGCACGAGGGAGGUACACAAUAAACUGGAGAAAAAUCGAAGAGCGCAUCUGAAGGAAUGCUUCGAACUCCUCAAGAGGCAGUUACCUUCGCAGGACGAGAAGAAGUCUUCGAAUCUUUCCAUUCUUCAUGCGGCGAUCAAGCACAUACAGGUGUUGAGGAAGAGAGAACGAGAUUACGAGCACGAGAUGGAAAAUCUUGCCAGGGAAAAGAUUGCCGCCCAGCAAAGAUUAUUAGCUUUAAAGAAGGAGCUCACAGCCACUUGGGAUCAUAUUGAUUUUAAUACUCUUCUGCCGGAACAGAAUUCGGCUACCGACGUGACAGCUACGAAAAGUGUUUCAGAGAACAUGGAGGUUGACGUGACGGGGCUCGCUCGGGGAGGCACGAGGUACAGUAGUACCAGUAGCCUGAGCAGCGCGGCCACAGCCAGUUCACCGCAAACACUUCAAACCACCAGCACCACUCCCAAUAUUCAUAAUCAAGUCGCGACCGCGGCUGUUGUCUGUCAGACUCAAGGUCUUAACCUUGCGCAAAGUUCUAGGGAAAGUCCACCGGCAAGUUCAAGUCCUGGAACGCCAACGCCUAGCAUUCCUACCCCGGCACAGGAGAAAGUGAACACAUCACCCACCGGUAUAGUCCAGCAACAGCACCAGCUGCACCUGCCAAUCAGCGCUCAGAUGUUGAACACGAAUCAAGGCUUGGCAACGAUCGUACCGACGCUCCAGCACAUCGGGCCGAGUUUGAGGGUGAUACCCGGCGACACGAGGCAACUUCUGGUCGCUCACACCGCCGGGAACAACGAGUCCAGACCGUUGACGUUGGCCGUACAAAAUUCUUCGGAUCAAUCGAGGCCGCUGAUCGCUGUGCAAUCGAACACUGGAAGUGAGCCAAGGCCUGUGGCGCUGGUCGUUCACUCGUCCACGGCCAACGACAACAGGGUAACGUUCGUGCAUUCUAAUCUGUCCAACAACGAUAGGCCGUUGGCCUUAGCCGUGCAGUCGUCCGCCAAUGACGUCAGGCCAGUUACAUUUGUGCAUUCGACGAACGAGGGAAGGCCGUUAGUUCUCGCUGCGCAUUCUCCUGCACUGAACGUAUCCAACGCUCAAACGAGGAUAAGAGCAGGGGAUACACAAAACACGCAUAAAAUGGUUGGCGGUGUGACACUGGUCGGCGGAAAUGGAUCAGAGCUGACAAGAUUACCGGGUGGCGCCGAAUUAAACAUACUCCCAGCAAAUGGAUUGACGCUGAGCCACGCAGGUGUGUCGCUGCAAACGGCAACAGGCAAGCCAGGCUCCACAGUGAUGCAGAACGCUCCGUCCACAGAGGGUAUAGCUCACAUCGUCGGCUCGCACACGCCGCUGUCCGGGCUGACGCCGAUCGUGACGCCGAUGACCGUCGUCUCGCAGGGGAGCCAGGUGACCGCUCACAUCCUGGCGCCGUCGAGCCUCGCCGGGAAGAUGAUCACCACGCCGAUCCUGAAGUCGGUGGCGCAGAUGCCGAUCGUGAACGCCCAGUACAUCAACACCACCACCCUGGUGAAGCCGGUGGUGGUGGUCAGUUCGCCGUCGACCUCGACGACGGCGCAGUCGACGACCGCCUCCAGCACGCAACCCUCGUCGACCACGCACUCGACCGUCUGACAGAAUCAACGGAAGCUGAAAUUCGUUUGAGGAAAGACUAUGCCACGUGGGCGCGAGGUCUCAGCGCGGGCCAACGGAGGCCGCGGCGGCUCGUUUCGCCGUUCGGCGUCCUCGACGCGAGUCGAACCGGCGGCCGCGUGAAAAGGACGGACGUGCCGGCGUCGGGCCGAGGAGGAGGGGUCGAGGGGUCAAUCGCGGCUCGGACGGACGCGAUCGCGGAGCUUUCCGGCGGACACGGAGCGGACGCGAACCAGCGCGGAGGACACUCGCCGCGAGACGCUCCCCACAUCGAACGAGAGUUUUCUAUUUUCGAGACGUUCAACUUUGCGUUCUCCUUUCGAUCAUGUUCAAUUCGACGGUUUUCGCGCUCUUCCGAAGAGUGAGCCGACCGAGACGGCGUUGGGAACCCCUUGCCCGACUUGCGCGAUUGCUCAUGGUACCCUGAACGGAGACGUCGAGCUGGCCGGCGAACGCUCGACCGUCGCGAGAACGUCGCGACCAGGCAGCUGACGAGUAAACGAAACGUCGAGUUUUUCGGAAUUCUAAAUUUCAUCCGGAGCAGUUUUAGGAAUUGUCCGGUUCGGACGCGAUCGAUUCGGAAAUGUUCCUUUUACGAGUGCACGAAAUUCUUGAUAGAACGAGGUUCCUGCGCAAGCAUAUUGUUCAAGGAUUGGUUUUACGUAGAAUGUUGAUACGUUUAAUAUUGUGUAAUACUCGCGAUCCUGUAAAUUGACCGGGAGGACUCGCGACGCGACCCCGUACUAUUUUCUCGGUACCUUGUUGCAAUCGGGGAAGUUCGGCAAAAGUUCGGGAGGAAGGAAACAAAUAAUGACUGUGUUUAGAGUGAUGUUAAAUUAAAGAAUUCGUAUGAUAAGAUCGGUUUAUUAGAUGUUUUCGAAAUUUAUCGGAAUCUUGGAAUUGAAUGAAUGGUAUAUGCUUGUUCUUUUCUUUUUCUUUUUUGUUUUUCUUUUCUUUUCUUCUCUCUUCUUUUCUUUUCUUUUCUUUCUUUUUUAAAUUAACGUAUACAGUGGCUGUGGAGAAAAACGAUUAUUAAUGAACUUUAUCAUACGCCUGCGUUUACUUUCGGGAAAUUACAUGGGUCAUACGAAUUUCGAACCUUCGUUUCGCCGAGAACACGCCGGGGAACGCACUCGUCGUGCUCGAGUAUUUAUUCGCUUAUAUUUAUUUUACAAAUAUAAUUGAGCACGCGCCGUGCGUUCGACUCGGCCGUUGAAUGCAUUCAGGGCAGCACGACUCGUUGCAGGGAUUUCACGAAAAAGAGGAAAAAAGUAACAUAUUAUUCUUGUUAAAAGAGAGAGAACGUUAAGGAAAUAAUUGUUAAUGACAAAAAUCGUUUCGGUAACGAAGAGGUGUGUCUGAUUAUGAUUUUGUCGGUGGGAAUUUCUUGUUAUCCUGAAUGUGUUCAUUCUGAUACCUUUAUCGGGUUCAUUUCAAUGACGCUGAGCUGUGACUUGAAAAAAAGAAUGAAAUUACACGAGUAACAUGACGCGUACGGUUUAGAGGUAGUUCGUUUCCUGAAACAUUGGUACACGCGUCGGGGAACGGUGAUAAGCAAAAAAGAGAACCGGAACUACUUGUAUACGCGUAUUCGUUUACCGUACUAUUUUAAAUCACUUUCCUCGCGAAAGUGAAUAUCGAUGUUUCUUCUUGUGACAUUAUUGUUUCGAGCUUUCAUUUGAUAUACUCGAUACGGAGACCGUUAACUGAAAUGAAUGGGUUGUCUUGGGAAACUCUGAGCAUACACUGGAACGAUGAUUUUUUUUACGCCGACAGUUUUUGUUACGAGUCGUGGAAAAUUGUUUUCUCCCGAAGAAACGCACCGCUCGUAAUAGUUGCGCGUGCAACGUUUAAAAACGUUUGUUCUUUCAAGAUGGCGGAACGGUUAGCUGACGCGCAACGUUGAAAUCGGGAGCUAACUUUGUGAUUUUAUUAAGCGGAUAGAUCGAUUACGCGUUGUAUUCGAUUGAUUCUGCUACUUGUGAUUGUUUUUUAUAUUCCGAAUUGGAAUUAAAGUUAAAAUUGAAUUCGGAGAUGUUCAGCUGUCGCUUCAUUCGCCGGAUCGGAGGAAGACGGUAACGCGUGGCGCUUGAAAGCCGUAUAAUCAUCGCGAACAAUGCGUUCUCGUCGUGGAAAUUGAUAACGAAACAUGUCAACGUACUGUAAAACAUUGGCGCAGGCCGGGAAUAAUUCGAAUGUUUCGAUGAGAAGUUUGUCUAACGGUUCAAGUCCACGAAAUUCUGAUACCGCGUCGUUCGAGAUUCCAUGUUUUAAUAUUUCAGGAAGAAAGACUCAGUGCAGUUGUGCGAAGUAAGCUCUCUCUCGACGAAAAGUCUAUGAUAUUUUUUAAACGAUUUUCCAUGCACUUCUGCAACACGUAACGUCGCCAAUGAUUUCUUACAUUUCUUGUUUCUUUUUUCCGAAUCCAAAGAAAAGUCAGUGUAACUCUUUCACGAAUUGUAUCGUGUCAGCAAUUACCGAGUAUCCUCAAACCGUUUGGUCAAAAUUUAUUACGCUUCGCCAGUGGACAUUGUGAAAUUCAAUGAUUUUAUCACACUCACAUUUUUCUAGAUUAUUUUACGGGAGCUAGGAUCGUGGAUAAAAAUUGGUUUAACGGUGAACAAGUUUAUAAGACCAAAUUAGCUAGUUUUGAAGUCUACAGAUAUUCAGAAAUUGUUUAUAAAGUUUGACCAAAUAUUUGCGAACAGCAUACGCUCCGAUGCAUCACUCGAAUUAUAAUUUCCGAAAAAAGAGGAUUUGUAAGAGCAGAUUAAGUUUCUUAUCAGCAGCAUCGGGAAUGCCUAAAAAUACGGGGGGAAAGGUCAGGGAUAUAUUAUUUUUGUAUCGAAGCACUGUUCGAGUACCUAAACGAGAAAGAAAACUGUCGAAUCCGCGAACGACGCUGAAACGGGAAAAAGAAGAUCCUGAUACGCGGUGCAAGCGUUGACGUGUAAAUCUGUUUCUUUUUCUUUUUCUUUUUUUUUUACAAACGUGCGUGUGUGAGAGUGCAUGUGACAUAUUAACGGUCUCUUUGAAAUAUCACAAUUUGUACACUAGUAUUAUUAUUAUUUGUAUCUGCGUAUGCAUACACGUAUACCUUGUUUUCUUUUUUGUAUUUUUUAAAUUAUUUAAUCGAAGGCUCGGUCUGUCAGUUGGGCUGACGUGUUAUGUAUGUAAUACGCGCGAACGCUGUGUCUUUAGGUCUAUCAACAAAUUCGUCGAAGAUUUUAUUAAGUUAUUGGUUAGCGGAGAGCAAUAUCGUUUUUCUUUCGUCGUUUUCUUCUUCUUCUUUUUUUCCUUUUUUAUAUUUCCUGUGAAACGACACGCCCGGAACAUCGUAGAACUUCGUAUCUUCCGAUGCCAAUGGAAACGUCACCUUAGUUCGACGGAACGUCGCCCUAGAAUCAUUAGACUGAAGUUUCAAAGCCGACUCGAACGACGGUCAAGCGGCUCGCUGUAAUCGGGGGAUCACGGGUGGUUCCGGGGUCGGUCCUCUGGAACGAGGAGCGUCGGUGACGAAAGAAACGCUGUGUAUUUAAUAUAGAAAUAUUUUUAUCGCUCGGCUGACUCGAAUCCGUGCACCGGUGUGUCCGCCGACGUACACCGAGCUGCACGGUCGCUCGACUGCGUGAUCCCCCCGUUGCUUCGAGCAGCGCGUGGAAUCGGUCCGUGCGACGCGUCGUGUCGACGACGCGACAGCAACAAGUUCGUUUUCGAAACAGAGAGACAAAACACGUUAAGCAAUAAAAAGAGAAAAAAGGUAUGAAGCUAUACACUUGCAGUCGCGUGCGUUCGAGCUGGAAUUUAUGGAACUGUCGCGAGUUCCGCGUGGAAUGGAUCGAGCACGACGAACGAUAAACUUUAGCGACAAUAGUACUACUAAAUUAGUAGAUAUCUCGAUUAGCAACGCUACUGAAUCAGUAGUCUCGGUGAACGCGCAAAGUAUGCUGUGCGAUCGAACGGAACAUGCAGUCCGCGGUGGAGCAGAGGGGAUCCCUCGAGAGUGUCAAAAGUGUAUCAAAGAGUUUUUCGUACGAGGCUUGUUUUUUUAAAACGAACCGAACGCUGGACGGUCUCCGGCUAUGUACGCACUCGGUGACCAUUACUGUAAUCGAAAGAAAAUGAAUUGAUUGCUCAAGGCCAUUGAAGAUUUAUUUAACUGUCUUCACUGAAACGUCUCUGCAGCGACAGGCAAAGGUAUUUGUACAGUGAGCGUACCGCAGGAUCUAAUUUGUCAAUAUUAAUCGUAAUACACUAAUAAUAUUGUACAUAAACUUCUAUAAUUUAGGCUUUCUUAUUUUGUAUAGUACGAAUGAUUCAAGUAAUCGACGACUAAAGCAUUCGAACGGUGUCAAUGGAAUAUUCUUAAUGUUACGGUUAGCAUUUUGUACAGCUUGGUUAACUUUAAUAUCGUCAGUGACGUUAAAGAUAAGUUAUCGUAGAAUACGGAGUCAAGUAAGUUCUCGGAUACUGCUAGGUAUAAACACGACGUGCAAUGUCUAUUAAACUUUACUCGGUGAGACGAUAUACUGUUCCACUUUUUGUAAAAAAUCGGCUACCUUAUAGUUACAUUGUAUUCGGAUUUGUUGUUAGGAAAGUUUAUGUACAGUACAGAAUCGCAUAGGAUGUCUCUGGGAAGUUUUUGUAUGCCAAAUAGAAAACGACUGUUCGUCAGCAAAGAAAAUUAAGGAACUUCACGAUCACACCUCCUGCGAUGUUUCUGCAUAUCAAUGAUUUCCUUUACAUCGUUCUCGUCUACACUCGAUGUCCUCGUAAUGUUGUUGAAUACACAUUAAAUCUAUUACCAAUAUCGAACAGUAUAUUAUUAUAGAAAACUGUACGAGCAUUUAUUUCCGUUUAUGCGUUCCGUUUUAAACAAAGCUGAAGUGCUGCAUGCAGAAACUUUUUGGAGCCAGUGUAUAGGCAGAUGCAAACACCUACUAGUAUAUAUAUAUUAUAAAUAUACAUAAAUACAAAUAUUUAUAAUAUAUAUAUGUUACAAAUGUAGUUUUCUCAUGCGCUUAUUUCGACUGUACGAAUACUUUUGUUCCCUGCUGUACCUUUUCGCUGCAAUCUGUCGGUCCUCUGUCUUUCAGGUAGACUUUCGAGUGGUCUAUUAGAGAAACAAGUCGAGAUAACGUAGAAUUAGCGACUUUGAUUGAUACGACAGCCUCAAGUGGUUCAUUUUAAUCGUUAACGUUCAAUGUCAAAUGUUCAUUACCUGAAUUAUACGCGUACUCGACAAUCCCGAAGGUUUUCGUUCCGAAAACUCGUUGACAAAGAAUCACCACCCCUUUUUGUACGUACUACGAGCUACCUUUCACUUUUCACGAUCAUUGCUUAUCAUUUGCGACACUGCUUCUUAGUCCGAUAGCUACGGUGACUUUUUCACGUUUUCUUUCUGCGGCUUGUACAACGCAGAUACGAAUGCUUCUGAGGCGUCGAUCGUUCGCAUCUCUUCGAACCGAUAGAGCGAUGCUUCGAAAAUCGCGUGCGCGUUCGAGCAGCUUCCGUAGUCCGGAAUUGCUUCCAAUUCGAAAACGUUGCGUGCCGAUUCACCGGCGAGAACGGUAAUUACGAUUUCUUUGGAGCAAUUCAGUCGAAAGGGUUCAUCGGCAUCCGCGAGCUGUCGAACAAAAUGUCCUCGUUCCUCUCCGUGUUCGAACACGAUUGCAUUUGGACAAUUUUCCAACAUGCUCAGAACAGUGCACGCCACGCCGACGAGAGUUAAGAGAGAGUUCGGUAAUUUAGGAAACGAAGGAUCAAGUGUUCUCGUUCGAGAACUUUUCGGCUGGUUUUUCCCCGGGAACCAGGCAUCCAACGAAAACAUUUCAUUCUGCAUUUUGUACUCGCAUCCUCUCGCUGCCCGCGCGCGGCACGUCGCUAUAAUCAAAAUUCAAGGAAUGCCCGAGUCUCGCUGUACAAAGUUAGAGAGAAAUACACGUUAUCACGCCUCUUAACUUCCGUCAGCGCGUGGACGUCUUGUUGGCCUAAUGACACAAACGUAACCGAAAAUUGUCCAAAUGUAACGUUACAGUUGUCACAAAAGAAAAUCGGUGAAAGUAAACAACGUACCGCGGAACUUUAUGCGAGUUUACACUUUUAUAGGUAAAUCCGAUGAAAUCGAAAUCGAAAGAUCCUCUCAGCCUUCGUGAAUACUUUGAGAAAAUUCAAAAAAAAGCCACGAAAUUUCAAUGAAAUUUAGUAUUCUAGAAUUUUUGUAACUUUUUAUAUACACCACGAAUGCAUAGAGUUCCGCGGUGAAGCGAGAAGCAUGAUGUUCGCGUUGCGUUGGUAGUCGGAACAGUACGCUCCAAAAUGGCCGCCAUUGGCGACGAGUAUUUCCAUCGAACGAAGCUUGCUCGACGAGCGACUGGAGCGAUUUUCGAAGCACUGCUGUAUCCAUCGGUUUCCGUUCUUCGUGUAUGUUUUUCCAUUGACCGAGCUCAAUGAUGCUUGACGAAAACAUAUCGAGCACGCUUUCCUUCGAGCCGGGUUCGGACAGAGCGGUCGUCCAUUCGCCGGUCGCGGCCCGGCUCGAUCGUCUAUCGAGGGAAUGCGUCUUCAGAUUCGCGCGUAUUUCGAGCGUAGCGAGAACCAUCGAUCUUCGAAUGACAGAAAACUCAAUAUUCUCUUGUAAUUUCGCUCGGCCGCAGAAAGUGCCGGAGAAAAUUCAACUCAGCGCGUGCGCGCACUAGUCAUUUCGUUCCCUCCUUGCAAACCUGACUAAACGCAGAUCCAUCGGGCUCUCUCGAACUGAAAUUCGGCACUUUUCUCUGUUCUUCUUUAUUUCCUGUAAGUUAAUCCGAUCCUGAGGUCGUGCAAUGGAUGUAAAUAGUCGUACUAGAUGUCGGGGGCAUUCUUAAGCUGCAUAAUCGGGAAACAGACGCGAGACCGUAGGAGGAAGAGUGGCAAACGGAGGAGGAUCACCGUCAAUUCGAGUUUGCUGAUCGCAAAUCGUGCGCCGGGUUUAAUUGGCUUCAAAUAGCUUCGCGAACUUCGGAAAGAACGAUUCGCGACUGUUGCGAGAUCGACUCUGAGAGAUCUAAAGCGAAAUCCGCGAACUGUUCGGUCGGUUUACUGCUUCGGCUCGAGAUUCAAAAGGAAUCGGCGAACGAGUUCGGUUCGUUCGUCUUUCGAAUCGUCCGGUUUGCGUUCAGCCGAGACAAAAAGGAGACGACUUAAAUCGCGAAUCGCGGGGAGACGCGGUCGCGUUCGCUGUCGAAGGACUGGUACAAAAUGGCGACUACCGAAACAAAGAUGCGAGGAAGAUAUCCGUUUUCGUUGUUAUCAUUUCUUCCCCUUGUCUUCUCUUUUGUUCUUUUCUCUCUUUUUUGUACAUAAUGUUCGCCGGUCGGCGGGAAGGAAACGGCGGACGAUCGAUCGGCGAGGGCGGAGAGAAAGUAUAUGAUUCGACGAAACACGCGCGGGGAAUUAUUAUGUGUACAUGAACAAUGUGAUAUAAGUAAUUAAUUGAAAUUACUUAGCACUGUAGCGUUUAAGAAACAAAAAAAACUGUUAAACUGUUUACAGCGUAGACGUACGAUGCUAAUUAUUAUUUACUAACAUCCUAAAAAGAAGAGGAACCGUAAGGGGAAUGUAAUUGUACAUAGAAUUUGCGCGUGGGAGGGAGAGAAUGGGAGAGAGAGAGAGAGAGAGUGUGUGUGUGCGUGCGAGCAGAAUGAUCGAGAGCGUGCGUGGCAGCGAGAAAAAGUAAAGAAAGUGUGAGAUCACCUGGGGCGGAGGGAGGGGGGUAGAAAACGAGAGAAUCACGGGGUGUAACGAUAUCGAGUACGAGGAACAAAAGUGUGAGGAAUACGAAUAGCGAGAGAUAGAGAGAUAGAGAGAGAACGAGACCGGCGACAGGCGAGAAGUAUCGAAUGAUUGUAACGGGGUACGAACUUUCUUUUCUUUUAACGACGCUCGCCGUCGUGUAUAUAUAUAUCUACUCGUGAUAGAGCCUGUAG